UAGCUAUCGUAAAUAAUGACUUUUGAUAACAUAAUUUAGCCGGAUACUGUAGUUGUUGAGUAAAUAAUUGCACUUCUUCAGUUGUCAUGUAUUUCAGCUCGUGAGGACUUCACGGCUGUGCCUGUUAGCGGAGAGGUCAUUAAGGUGGAGAAAGCUUGGAAAGAAAUGGAUGACGAAUACUUUAAAACCAUUCGUCCGUUGUUUAUCCAAUGUGUGGCUUCUUCUGGUAUAACCAGAGAGUCUUGGACAGAGGAAAAUGAGCUGGCAUUGGAUCCAUUUAUUGUGGACACAUCUCUCACAACCAUGGUGGUCUACAUGGACGAGCAUGACAAGCUGCAUGUGGAAUACUCCAUGCCUGAAAAGGUGGUGCAGCCUUUGUCCUAUUUUAGCCGCAUGGAAGGAACCAUAAUCACAGCUGAGACCUUUGAUGCGGUGAUACAGUUUAGCACAGCCCAGGGCGGUUCCAACCAGAAGGUUCUUCAUGACAUGACUUGUUUGCAUGCCCCCUCAAUUGCCCUCACCUCCUUCAGGGGAAGGAGCACCAAGGAUGAUUAUACCAACGACAUUCACUGCUAUCUUGCUAGCAUCACAGAUGAUGUGUUUAAGAAUGAGGGCUACACAGUUCUAUACAUCCCAAUGGAAGGCCUACAGUGCAGCCCUGAGGUGGCCAGCAAAGACAAAAAGCUGGUGCAGAGAAUGGAGGUUAUUGUGAUCCGCUGGACGGAUCAGAUCAAGGAGCUACUGAAUGCAAAAGCAAUAACGAAUAUGAAGAACAACUGCGGCCCUCUUGAGGAGAUAGCCUUCUGGAAGAGUCGCUCUGCCAAGCUGUUGAACGUCAGCCAGCAGCUACAAAAGCCAGCGGUCAGGCACAUCCAGAACAUACUGAAGCUCUCCAAGUCUCUCUAUGAACAGCGCUUUAGCAAUCUGGCCAAGGAAAUACAGGAAUGCUCUCUGCAGGCCCAAUCCAACCUGCUCUACCUGUCCAUACUGAAGGAGCCGUGUGAAGAGCUUACCCAGCUCAAGCCUAGCCAAGUUGCUCCCAAGCUGCGACACAUUGUCAGUCUCAUUCGCAUCAUCUGGGUCAACUCCACAGACUACAACAGCAGCGAGAGGAUCACCGGUCUAUUCCGCAAGAUGAGUAAUGAGAUCAUCCACCUGUGCUCCAAUAGCCUCUCUCUGGACAAGCUCUUUGGGGGCUAUGUGUUAUCGAGCAAGCAGAACCUCACAGACUGUAUCCAGUGCUGCCUGGCCUGGAAGGAAAUUUACCUGCAUGCCUCACAGGUUCACCAAAAGUAUUCUCCAAAAGGAUGGGUCUUGGACCAAACCAGCAUUUUUGUGGUGUUUGAUGUCUCGAUUCAGAGGUUCAAAGAGUUGCUUGAGGUAUGUGACUGCCAGUAUCAGUUUGCCCGUUGGGAAGAUGGUCAGCAGAGGCCCCAGCCGUGCUUCAGCGGUUGCCAGGGACCAGAGUUCACCCACUCCCUCCUGGAGAUAGAGGGCAACUUCCACCGGGGCCUGAAGAACCUGCACUCUCUUGAACAGGGCGUCCUUGAUGUCGAGAGCUCCACAUGGGGCAAUGCAUUCAAAAAGUUUCGUGCGUUGGUGAAGGAUCUGGAAAUGUUAAAGCAGAACCUGAUCAAAUCAGUGUUCAAGACGGUGACCACAGUGGAGGAAGGAGUUCGGCUUCUUGACAUUUUUAGGCCAAUGUCUACUCGAGAGGCCAUUAAGCGGACAACAGAAGAGAAGAUGGAGCAAGUGUACAGCAUCUUUCGCAAAGAGCUCAAAAUGGCCAACAAGGAGCUGAAUCAGAGGACGAGGUCUUAUCCUGACCACAUGGCCCGGAUGGCAGGCGAGGCCCACUGGGUGAGGGCCCUCAAGCAACGCUUAGAGAUACCCAUGGAGGUGCUUCAGAAGGCCCACUUCAUGCCUGAGUCAAACAGCCGCAAGCAUGUCGUUUUCACCAAUGCCCAGAUGGUUCAGGUUUUUGACGAGAGGAUGAGGAAGAACUUCAGCGCGUGGAGCCAGAACCUGGAUACACAGUACCUCAAGAGACUGGAGCAGCCACUCCUGCUGCGCUGCAAGGACAAGACCGCCAAGCUGGAGGUCAACUUUGACAACAACCUGUUACUCCUGUUCUCUGAGAUCCACUACUGGGAUCGACUGAAGUUUGAGAUCCCCCAGUGUGUGUCUGACAUUUACCAGGACAGGGAGGAACUCCGAGGCCUGAGGGAGAGAGCACUGCUGCUGACCAGGGACUACAACAGGGUCAUUGGGAUGCUGUCUCCUGAUGAGAUAGGUCUGUUUCGCGAGCGGAUUCGUUUCCUUGAUAAGAAAAUUCAGCCGGGGCUGACCAAGCUCGAGUGGUUUUCUAAAGGGGCUUCUAAUAUCUUCAUCCGGGAAGGACUCCAGCACGUGAACAAGGUUCAGUUGUUGGUUGAUGGAUACAAACUAUCCAACCUAUCCAUCUCCAACCUCUGUUGCCAAAUCAGCGAAACAUUGCUGGUUAAGCUGGAUGGAAAGACUGUGUUCAGGAACCUGGAGUUUGAGGAUGACCAGAAGAAACACCAGCAGAUCCAACUCCAAACACUGCGCUCAGCACACCAGGAUAUUGCUGAAAUUAUGUCUCACAGCACCUUCUCCAAUGAUGGGCCUGAGGUCGAGGAGCACUGGGCGAUCUAUACAGAGAAGGUGGAUCACAUGGUAGAAGAAGCUCUAAGGAGCAACAUCAAGAACUCCAUGAAGAAGCUCUCCAGGGCCAUCAAUGGAGACAACAAGACCUCGCCUAAUCCCUUGUUCAAAGUCAUGGUAGCAAUGCGCCAGGCAACUCCCACAAGUACACCGAAGGUCGAGAUCUCCCCUACGAUCGCAAAGCUCUCUCAGAUUGUGAACAUUAUGCCUCAGCUCAUCAACACCAUCUCAGAAUUUAAACGACUGUCUGAAGUUCUCUCCGGCAAGCAGCCAGAGGGGAAUCCCAUGCACAUCAACAUAGAGCAAGACGAGGAGAUAAAGAAGAUUCAGGCUGCAGUUGCCACAGGGAUGACAGCCAAUGCCAGCAACCUGCAGAUCUAUCUAAAGACGUGGGACAGAUACAGGGAUAUCUGGGAGAACAACCAGGAUUCCUUUAUACAACGCUACAAGAGGCUAAACCCACCAGUCACUACUUUUGAUGCUGAUAUACACAGGUACACAGAAAAGGCCAACAGUGUUCAGCAGGAAGAGACGGUGUUGACCAUCCGGUUUGUCAUGCUGGACUGUUCCCCUCUCAAGUCCUCCUUGGCGCAGCUCUGCAGCCAGUGGCAAACCAUGUUCACUCAGCUGCUCAGCCACAUGGCGAGCACCCGCCUCAAAGAACUUCAUGGCUCCAUGCAGGACAAUGCCAACAGGCUGAAAAAACCUCCUCAGACACUGGCAGAGCUCAGUGGGAACCUGAAGCUGUUGGAGACUCUUCAGGGCAACCUGGCUAAGACCGAAGCUCAGAUUCCUCUCAUCCACGAACAGUUUGCUAUCCUGGACAAAUAUGAGGUCCCAGUGGAACAGGCUGUGCAGCAGUUGCAUGAGGUGCUGAAUGAGGACUGGGUGUGGUUCCAGCAGGUGUUGAUUGACAGUGACAUCCUGCUGCAGAAGGACAAGGAGAAGUUUAAGAACACCCUCCUCCUCUCCUCUGAGGAGCUCAAGAAGAAGACCCAGAGCACUAUGGAGGAGUUCAACAGCACAGGUCCAUUUGACAGUUCCCUCAGCACGGAGUUUGCCUUAAACCAAGUAGCCGAGCAUCACAGCCAACUGGAGGCUCUGAAACAGGAAGAGAUCACCCUCAUUCAAGGGCUGAACUUCUUUAAAAUAGAACAGCCCCCCUCCAAGAAGAUCCGGGCGCUCGAAAAGGACAUAGAACACCUGCAGCAGGUCUGGGAGAUCACAAAGGAGUGGAACACCAACUGGAACAUCUGGAAGGUCGGUCAGUUUGCCACCCUGCGGACGGAGAACAUGGAGAGCACAGCACAGGACAUGUUCAAAAUUCUCCACAAACUCCAGAGAGAACUAAAGGAUAAGGAGUGGGACAUUGUGGAUUUCACCAAGAAUAAGAUAGACCAGUUUAAGAGGAUCAUCCCUCUCAUUGCUGAUCUGAGGAACCCAGCCAUGAGAGACAGGCACUGGAAGCAGAUCUGCGACGAGCUGCAGUGCUCCUUUGACCAAACCAGCACUGAAUUCACCCUGGAUAAGAUCAUAUCUCUGGGCCUGGACAGGUAUACUGAGAAGAUCUGUGAGAUCUCUGGAGCCUCCAGCAAGGAACUCUCCAUAGAACAGAGCCUGGAGGACAUUAUCAAGACCUGGACGGACACACUCUUGGACAUCACACCUUACAAAGACAAAGGCCACUUUCGGCUGAUGGGCACAGAGGAGGUUUUCCAGGCCUUGGAUGACAACAUGGUCAUUCUGUCAACAAUGAAAGCUUCUCGCUUUGUCAAAGCCUUCGAGCGGGAGGUGGACAGCUGGGAGCGGCGGCUGUCACAGGUGCUGGAAGUCAUCGAGAUGAUCCUCACGGUGCAGCGUCAGUGGAUUUAUCUGGAGAACAUUUUCCAAGGUAAGGACAUCAGGGAGCAGCUGCCUUGUGAGUGCGAAGAGUUCGAAGAGGUUAGUUCUAGUUGGGAGACCAUCAUGGGCCGACUCCACAAGGAUAACAACGCCUUGCAGGGGACACACCACGCCGGCUUGCCUGAGAAGCUGUCAGAGAUGAGUGUGAAGCUGGAGGAGAUCCAGAAGGCCCUGGACAUGUACCUGGAGACCAAGAGGCAGAUCUUCCCACGAUUUUACUUCCUGUCCAACGAUGAUUUACUGGAGAUCCUGGGGCAGUCACAGAACCCAGAAGCCAUGCAGCCCCACAUGAAGAAGUGUUUCGACAACAUCAAGAGCCUGAAGAUUGACAAGAUAAAUAAACCACUGGCCGUCGGGAUGUCGUCUGCUGAUGGGGAGUUUAUCAGCUUCUUUGCAACAGUAUAUCUGGACAAACCUGUGGAGGUUUGGCUGUGUGAUGUUGAGUUAAGCAUGCGUGAUACACUAAAGGAUUAUCUGAGUGGCUGCCUUGUGUCUCUGAAGAAGAUGUCAGGACAGAGAGACAAAUGGGUCAGAGAUUGGCCGGGACAGAUGCUGAUCACAGCCAGUCAGAUCCAGUGGACCAUCGAUGUCACUAAAGCGCUCUUCACCUGCAAGGAGAGGGGUGACAAAUCGUCCCUUAAAUCCAUGAAGAAGAAACAGGUCUCAAUGCUUCACUGCUAUUCAGAGCUCAUCCGUGGCAACCUGUCCAAAGUCCUCCGUCUGAAGAUCGUAGCGCUGGUCACAGUGGAGGUUCAUGCUCGGGAUGUCAUUGAUAAACUGGCCAAGACAGGCUGCAAUGACGUUAAUGCCUUUGAGUGGCUCUCUCAGCUGCGACUCUACUGGGACAAGGAAUCCGAAGACUGCAUAAUCCGACAGACUAACACACGUUUCAAGUACGGCUACGAGUACCUGGGCAACUCCGGACGCCUCGUCAUCACUCCACUGACUGACAGGUGUUACAUGACCCUGACCACAGCCCUCCAUCUGCACCGCGGGGGCUCUCCUAAAGGCCCUGCGGGGACUGGGAAGACAGAGACAGUGAAGGACUUGGGCAAAGCUCUCGGCAUGUAUGUCAUUGUAGUCAACUGCUCUGAAGGACUGGACUACAAAUCCAUGGGACGCAUGUUCUCUGGACUGGCACAGACAGGAGCAUGGGGGUGCUUUGAUGAGUUCAACAGAAUCAACAUCGAGGUGUUGUCGGUAGUGGCUCAGCAGAUCCUCUUCAUCCUGUCUGCCCUCUCAGCCGGACAAACAAAGUUCCAUUUUGAAGGACAUCACAUAGGCCUGGUCUGGUCAUGUGGUAUCUUUAUCACCAUGAAUCCUGGUUACGCUGGUCGUUCCGAGCUCCCAGAUAACCUCAAAGCCAUGUUCAGACCCAUCUCCAUGGUGGUGCCAGACUCAACUCUAAUCGCUGAGAUCAUUCUGUUUGGAGAAGGCUUCAACAACUGCAAGCUCCUGGCUAAGAAGGUGUUCACGCUGUACUCCCUGGCAGUGCAGCAGCUGUCCCAACAGGACCACUAUGAUUUUGGCCUGCGUGCCCUCACCUCCUUGCUCCGCUAUGCUGGACAGAAGAGACGCUUUUGCGGCAACGUUCCUGAUGAAGAAAUCCUACUGAUGGCGAUGAAAGACAUGAACAUCGCUAAGCUGACUUCUGCUGACGUGCCGCUGUUCAAUGGAAUCACCCAGGACCUGUUUCCUGCUGUGGAAACACCCGUCAUAGAUUAUGGCAAGCUGAGGGAGGCUAUAGAGGCGGAGCUUCGUCAGAGCGGUUUGCAGGUGAAUGCUUUCACCUUGACCAAGGUCAUCCAACUUUAUGAGACCAAAAACUCUCGACACUCCACCAUGCUGGUGGGCAAGACAGGCAGCGGUAAGAGUGUGACCUGGAGGACUCUGCAGAAGGCCCUCACCACCCUGCAUCAAAAAGGAGUGCCUGACUAUGAGCUGGUCCAGGACUAUCCUCUGAACCCCAAGGCCCUGAGUCUGGGAGAGCUGUAUGGAGAAAACGACCUCUCCACCAACGAGUGGUCUGAUGGAGUUCUGUCUUCACUCAUGAGAUCAGCAUGCGCAGAUGAGAAGCCAGAUGAGAAGUGGAUCAUAUUUGAUGGGCCUGUUGACACACUGUGGAUAGAGAGUAUGAACUCUGUGAUGGAUGACAACAAGGUGCUCACACUCAUCAAUGGAGAGCGAAUCUCCAUGCCUGAACAGGUGUCUCUGCUGUUUGAAGCGGAGAACCUAGCACAGGCCUCUCCAGCUACAGUGUCUCGCUGUGGGAUGGUCUACAACGAUUACACUGACCUGGGAUGGAAGCCUUUUGUUCAGUCGUGGCUGGACAAGCGAAACAAGGCUGAAGGGGUCCACUUAAAGCGCUUGUUUGAGAAAUACACGGAGAGCACACUGAACUUUAAGAAGACAAACUGCAAGGAGCUGAUUUCCAUCACUGAGCUGAACGGAGUAACCUCUCUCUGCCGCCUCUAUGACUCCCUGGCCACACCCAGCAAUGGGAUGAAUACUUCGGACACAGAAAACUUGGGUAGGAUGGUGGAGCUUUGGUUCAUCUUCAGCCUCAUCUGGUCUGUCUGUGCCUCUGUAGACGAAAAUGGACGCAAGAGGAUGGACAACUUCCUGCGGGAGAUAGAGGGCACCUUCCCCAGCAAGGACACGGUUUAUGAGUACUAUGUGGACACCAAGAACAAAACCUGGGCUUCCUUUGAAGAGAAACUGCCAAAGGGCUGGCGAUACAAUGCUAGUGCUCCAUUCUAUAAGAUCAUGGUUCCCACAGUGGACACAGUUCGCUACAACUUCCUGGCUAAGGCUCUGGUGAUGGGUCGGUACCCAGUGCUGCUCACUGGGCCCGUGGGCACUGGAAAAACCUCAGUGGCCCAGAGCAUCCUGCACGGCUUGGAUAACAAGUGGUCUUCCCUCACUGUCAACAUGUCCUCACAGACCACCUCUAAUAACAUCCAGGCCAUCGUGGAGAGCCGCAUAGAGAAGAGAACCAAAGGCGUGUUUGUGCCAGCGGGGGGGAAGCGCCUGCUGUGUUUCCUGGACGACCUCAACAUGCCAGCGCACGACCUCUUCGGCUCUCAGCCACCGCUGGAGCUGCUCCAUCUCUGGAUCGACUACGGCUUCUGGUACGACCGCCAGAAACAGACCUUAAAGUUUGUCAAGGACAUGUUCUUGAUGGCAUCUAUGGGGCCCCCAGGUGGAGGGAGGACUCACAUCUCUGGCCGCCUACAGAGUCGAUUCAAUCUCAUCAAUAUGACCUUCCCUCAUGAGUCCCAGAUUAGGCGGAUCUACAGUACUAUGAUCAACCAAAAGCUGCAGGGCUUUAAGGAGGAGGUAAAGCCCAUUGGAGAAAUUCUGACUCAGGCCACCUUAGAGCUGUAUUAUGCUGUUUCAGCUCGAUUCCUUCCAACUCCAGCCAAGAUCCAUUACCUCUUCAACCUCAGGGACAUCUCUAAGGUGUUUCAAGGUCUGCUUAGAGCUCAUCCAGACUUCCAUGAUACUAAAAACAGCAUCACUAGACUGUGGAUCCAUGAGUGCUUUAGGGUUGUCUCAGACCGGCUGGUGGAUCACAGUGACUCUGAGGCAUUUGUUGCUCUACUGGGGGAGAAACUGGGCUCCCUCUUUGACCUCACCUUCCACAGCAUCUGCCCCAACAAACAACCGCCAAUAUUUGGUGAUUUCAUGAGUGACUCUCAAGUGUAUGAGGACCUAACGGACAUGAAGGGUCUCAAGAAGUUCAUGGAGACCCAGCUGGAGGACUACAGCCUGACUCCUGGCGUAGUGCCCAUGAGCCUGGUGCUCUUCCGAGAUGCUAUUGAACACAUAACUCGCAUUGUGCGUGUGAUCAGGCAGCUCAGGGGCAACAUGCUUCUUGUAGGUGUGGGGGGCUCCGGUAGACAGAGCCUGUCAAAGAUGGCCGCCUACAUCUGUGAAUACCAGGUGUUCGAGGUGGAAGUCACCAAGCAAUACCGGAAACAGGAGUUCAGAGAAGACAUAAAGAAGCUUUACCGGUUGACCGGUGUGGACAACAAGCCCACAGUCUUCCUGUUCAAUGACACACAGAUCGUGGACCAAUCCUUCCUGGAGGAUAUCAAUAACGUCCUGAGCUCUGGAGAGGUGCCUAACCUCUACAAACAGGACGAGUUUGUUGAGGUGUGCAGUGCUCUGUCAGAGUUUGCCAGGAAAGACAACGUGGUGGAGACUCCUGAGUCCUUGUUCAGUUACCUGAUAGAGCGAGUCCGGAACAACCUGCACAUCGUGCUCUGUAUGAGCCCAGUGGGAGAGCCCUUCAGGGACCGCAUCCUCCAUUACCCAGCGCUGGUUAACUGCACCACCAUUGACUGGUUCUGUGAGUGGCCCAAAGAGGCUCUGCUGGAAGUCGCUGAGCGGUACUUGGAUGGACUGGAUCUGGGCUCCUUUGAGGGGAUCCAGACAAAGGUUGCCAGUAUCUUUGUGACCACACACCAGUCGGUUGUGCAGAUCUCCCAAAGGAUGAAGAUGGAGCUGAAGAGAAAUAAUUAUGUGACCCCCACCAACUACCUGGAGCUGGUGUCUGGAUACAAGAAGUUGUUGGAGGAGAAACGCAGGGAAUUGGGGGAGCAGGUGAGCAAACUGAGUAAUGGCCUCUUCAAGAUCAGUGACACGCGGGUGAAGGUGGAGGCUAUGUCUGUAGAGCUGGAGGAAGCCAAAAUCCAGGUGGCCGAGUUCCAGAAACAGUGUGACGAGUACCUGGCCGUCAUUGUGCAGCAGAAGAGAGAAGCUAACAAGCAGAAGGAUGUGGUGAGUGCUAGCAGUAAGAAAAUCAAGGCAGAAGAGCUGCAGUGUAAAGCCAUGGCUGAGAACGCACAGAGAGAUCUGGACGAGGUCCUGCCUGCACUGCAAGAUGCCAUGAGGGCUCUGGAGUCUCUCAAUAAGAAGGACAUGACAGAGAUCAAGUCGUAUGGCCGCCCCCCGACCCUGGUGGAGACGGUGAUGACGGCGGUCAUGACCCUUCUGGGCAAAGAGCCUACCUGGGCAGAGGCCAAGAGGCAGAUAGGCGUACCCCUCACUGAAGCCCCUGGCAGCGUGGACCCGGGAUCUUUGCCAGCGAGUCAAUCAGUUUGCACAGUGGGCACUGACGGCCCAGCCCCCCACCCUGUUCUGGCUCUCCGCCUUCACCUUUCCCAACGGUUUCCUCACCGCUGUGCUGCAGUCCUCUGCUCGACAGCACAACAUAUCAGUGGACACGCUGUCUUGGGAGUUCACCGUGUCCACUGUGGACAACAGCAACCUCCUCUACCCGCCCAAGGAUGGAGUAUUUGUCCGAGGUUUGUUCUUGGAGGGGGCUGGUUGGGACAAGAGGAACUCCUGUCUGGUGGAGGCUGAGCCCAUGCAGAUGGUCUGCCCCAUCCCAACCAUCCACUUCAAGCCUGUGGAGAACCGCAAGAAGGCGGCCAAGGGUGUGUACCUGUGUCCGUGUUACUACUUCCCGGUGCGUUCGGGGGGAUCAGGCCGGCCUUCUUUUGUGGUCGGUAUAGAACUCAAAUCUGGAGCUGUGACCCCGGACCAUUGGAUCAAGAGAGGGACUGCUCUACUCUUGAGCCUGGACAACUAAAUGCUUUAACACACACACACACACACACACACACACACACACACACACACACACACACUCUCUCUCUCUCUCUCUCUCUCUCUCUCUCUCUCUCUCUCUCACACACACACAACCACUGACUAUUUUUUACUGAGGAAUAUUAUUUAUUGUUAGAGCUGUUUGUUACUGGAUUGAAAUGGACUCAAGGCUUCAAUACACUGCAAAAUGUAUUUUAAAUUAAAACACUGUGUUACUUCUCAAA